AAAUUUUGUAGGAAAGAAAGUAGGGUUCAUAAAAGGCAAGCUAAAGUGAGAAAAGAAAAUCGGAGGCACUCGUAGAGUCGUAGUCUCAUCUUGAACCCGAGUCUCCCAACCCGAUCCAUUCCCCUCUCUUGUUCCAUCCAAUUAGUAAUACAUAGAUCUAUAUCCAAAUCUAGGGUUUAUUCACUACACACAUACAAAGAUGUCUGCUUUAGACAAAUCUCUGGACGAUCUCAUCAACGACAACAAGAAAUCCAGCCGCGGCGGUCGAGGCAGAGGCCGUUCUUACGGUCCCGGUCCAGCUCGCCGGUCCAACAAUCGCUCUUCAAACAGACCCGCUCCAUACUCCUCCAAGGCGCCUGAUUCAGCGUGGCAGCAUGAUAUGUUCAGUUCCGACCAGGCGAUGGCCAAUCAGGGAUAUGUAGAUCGUAAUCGAGCUUCGUCUAUCGAAACCGGAACCAAGCUCUAUAUAUCCAAUCUUGAUUACGGUGUUUCUCAAGAGGAUAUCAAGGAGCUCUUUGCAGAAAUUGGUGAUUUGAAAAGAUCAGUAGUACAUUAUGAUCGAAGUGGAAGAUCAAAGGGAACGGCUGAAGUUGUCUUUUCACGACGUCAAGAUGCAUUAUCAGCUGUCAUGAAGUACAAUAAUGUCCAGCUUGAUGGGAAGCCGAUGAAGGUGGAAAUUGUCGGAACAAAUAUAGUGACUCCUGCAGCUGGUCAGCCAUUUAUAAACAACAAUGUUUCAAACUUCAAUGGAGUUCCUCGAAGUAACCAAGAGAGAGGUGGAUUUGGAAGACCGCGUGGUGGUGGUGGUCGGGGUCGUGGAUCUGGGAGGGGACGUGGAAGUGGAAGAGGACGUGGUGAGAAGUUAUCUUCAGAUGAUCUUGACGCUGAUUUAGAGAAGUAUCAUGCAAGUUCAAUGCAGAUAAACUGAAGUACCUUCAUGGUGGUUGGCGAGAAGUAUACACCUGUGGCCGUAUCGAUAAUGUGCUCGUAACUGCCUCUUCCAUCAAUUCUGUAUCUUAUUAUCCAACUAGUUACAGUGACAAGAAAGACUUCUCUAGUAGAAAGGCUUGUAGACCCUUGGUUUGUGGAGUUUGGGCUUUUAAUCCUGAUAUUCAUUUCAUUUGGGAUAUGUUUUGUAUUGAUGGAUAGUAGAGUAGAAUUAUUCAACUCCUCGAUACCUGGGUAUCAUUAAUUUAUGUUCCUGGUUUUUUC